AUGUUUAAUGAUUUAAGAUAGAAUAAUAGAAACUUUGAAAAUCAGAGUGUUGCUAAGUCUAGAUCUGAAGAAUAAUAAAAAUAGAAAAUAAAGAUUGGAGCUAUUUUAAAAAAUUAUGAGAGUUUAAAAGAAUGGUCUGAUUUAGGAUAGGUGAAUUAUCAUCAUUAUUUAUUUAGUGGCUAUUGAAAUUAUAAGGAGUAUUUUAAACAUAUUAAGGAUCAUAUAUACCAAAGAAAAAAUUAUUAUGUAAGAGAUUAGCAUAAUGCUUAAGUCCAAUUUGGAAUAAAGCAAUUCAUGAGAAUGCAUUAGUGAUUUAUGAUUUGAUUCUGAAAAUUCUAUGCUCAAAUAGUGAAUAUGACUUGGUUUAAGAUUUGCCUUUAUUUUCUCUUGGUUUAUUUCCUUUUUUUGGAUUUGCAUCAAUCUAAUGUAAACCAAAGUUUUUAAAUAUACUUGAAACAUAUUAUUAUCCAUUAUAAAAAGAUCUAUUACCUUGUAUGGGUGGAUUAAUAAGUUCAAUAAUUGUUGGGAUGGAAGAUACAAAUGAAGAGAUGAUGAAAAAAGUAUAUAAUAAUAGGAAUAAAUUAGGUUAUGAAUUCAUUAGAUUAAGCUGCUGAGAGUGUUGGAAUAAAAUAAUUUUUUGGUUUGUUAUGGGUAUCAAUAAUAAGAUCAGGAAGAUGUAGAUUGGGUGCUUAUAAGUAUUUAAUGAAAAGAUGGACAAAACAAUAAUAAGUAGAUAUUGAAAAUAGUAUAAUGUAAGAUGAUGAGAAGAUGCCAAAUAAAAAAGCAUUAGUAAUUAAUGCAUUAUUAGCUUCUUUAGAAGAUGAAUCAAUUCUAGUGAAAAGAGCAGCAUUAGAUUUUAUGUGUUUAUAUUGUAAAAUUAGUGAAAAUGUAUUUUAAGAAUAAGAGAAUUUGAUUUUAAUUGAAUAAUGCUUAUUAUUAUUUAUUAAAUUAGAUCAUGCUGUAGUAAGAAGAAUUAAUAAUUGGUUUUUUGGUGAAGAUGAAGUAAAUGAAAAUAUGCAAAUAGUCUAAUAUUUAUAAGUAGGAUUACGUAGAAUUUUAGUAGAAGAAUAAAGUGAUCCUUUAAAAAUAUUAUAAAAUUGGUAUAUGUAACAUCCAGAAACAGUAUCUAUGACUUUAUUUGAUAUUGGAUAUGAUUUAGCAAGAUUUAUAUAUAAGAAAACAAUUUAAUAUUAAGAGAUAUAAUCUGAAAAACUUGGAGAAUUGUAGAAAGCAAGUGAAAGAUUAAUUGAAAGUAUUUCAAGUUAAAGUGAAUUAAUUCUAAAAUCAAUAUAUGAACAUUUGAAAAAUUUUAUGAUUGCUUAAAAAUAAGAUCAUAUUAAAGAAUGUAUUUAAAUUAUUGAAUUCUGUUUAAAUACUUUGAUGAAAUAAUAAUUUUCUGAUUUAAAUAGAAUUGAUGAUAUUACACUUUUUCAAUAGAGAACAUAAUGUUUAUAAGAAUUCUUUGUUUUAGCACUCAAAGAAAUCAUGAAUCUAAAGAUUGAAAGAUUAUUUGAAACUUAAAUACCUUAAUAAAUAUUAGGAUAAACAUUAGAUUGCAUUAAUAAAAUUAGAUAAAGACUAGAAUUAUUAGAAAAUGAAAGAGAUUUGUAAUUAGCCUUAGGUAGUAAUUAUGGUAGAAUCUCAAAUAUGUAAAAAGAUUCGAAUUUUCAACUUAUAGAUUAAAUAGAUAUUAAUAUUAUUACUUAAUAUUGUGAUUAUUACGUUCAAAUAAGUUAAUAUUCUAUUUAAAAUGAAUAAGAAACUUUAUUCCCUCUUACUUCUUAAAUUCUACUCAGAUCAUAAUUAUUCUUAAUGAAACAUGCAGAUGUAUAACAUUCUGCAAUACCUUAUUGGUUAUAAUAAUUAUUUAAUUCUUUAGAAUAAGGAACUAAUAAAAUUAGUUUAUGUUCCAUAGAAAUGAUAAUUGAAUUAUUAAAACAAGCCUAAAUACAUUAAAAUGUUUUUAUGUUAACUGAAAUGAUUACUAGAAGUAGUUACUCUGAUAUUCAACCUUUUCAAAAAAUGGAAUCUUUAUCAAUGGAUAAUACUCAAUAUGAUUAUUAAAAUAAUUAAAAUGAAAGAAAUUAUAUUAAAUAAAUGUUUGAAAAAUUAUGGCUUCUUUUAGAUUAGAAUUAUCAUGAUUAAUUAGCUGUUGAAUUCAUCUUAUAUAUAGCAGAAAGAUUCUAACAUAUAUUUGUAUAUGUAAUUGAAAAAGCAUUAAAGUAAGGAGAUUAAAGAAGAUAUUAAAUAUUCUGUAGAAUUACUAAUGUCUUCUAUAAAAAGCAUCCUAAACUUAACACAGGUGUUGGAAUUCUAUAAAUGUUAAACUACUUAGAACAUGAAAACCCUUUAAUUCGAUAUAAUACCAAAACUUGGCUUAGUGAAUCUGCACCUUUUUUCUUUAGGAUUAUUGAUCCAAUACUUAUUAGAUUAGAGUAUAUUUUAAAAGAUAUAUAAAAUAAUAAAGAGUUUUCUUUAGAAUUAGCUGUAGAUACUAUUAAAAAAUUAUAAUAAAUUUAUGUAUCCAAAGAAUGGUUUUAACCUUAUAUAGAAAAAACUAAACCCACCUUUUAUUAGGAUGAAAACUUAAAUACAUAUUAUAAAUUAAUUUGUUAAAUCUUAAUUUAAUUUGUUUUAGCUGAUUUUAAUAAUAAUGAAUUUUCAAAAAUCAAUGCAACAAGUGCAGAAUUAUUAGAAAAUGUUAUAAAUUUAACAAUUGAUAAUAAAAAUAAAAUUCAAGUAUUACUUUUAUAUUUUAAUUAAAUUUUAUAGAAAUUUGAGUAAGUAAUAUAAAAAAAUGAUUAAUUGCUAUAGUUAUAAUUACUAAAUCUAAUAAAAGUAUUUUUAUUAAAUACAUAUGAAUUAGAGAAAUAUUUAUCAUAAUAACAUAGAAAUGAAUUAAUUGAUCUAUAUGAAUAACCAUCAUUUUUUAAUAAUCUUAUGAUUGGUUUAUAAUCAUCAAAAGUGUUUUUUUUAAAAUAAAGAUACUUAAAUACAAUAGUUGUUGGAGUUUAUUCUAUUAGUUAAUUAUUAACUCCAAAAAUACUUACAGAAAAAAUAUAAAUUAUAUUAAAAACUUUAUUAUAAUUAUUAGAAUAAUGUGAAUAUAAUUAAAAUAAGUUUGGAUUAAUUUCUGAGAGAAGAUAAACAAAUUUAUCAGUCAUAAAAUUAUUUAAAAAUGAAAUUAACAAUAAUUUUUAAUAAUUUAAUAUUCAAUAAUUAAAUCUUGAAUAGAUCCAUAUAAAAACAGGAUUAUCUGGUGAUGAUUUUGAAGAAGUUAUGUCUUUAUCUAAUUCUAUUAGAGCUAUUAUUAGUUAUUUUUUUUAAUUUAAAUAUGAUACAAAAGAUAUAGAUUAAAGACCUAAUGCUGCUGGUGUAUUAGUUGAUUUAUUUACAUUAAAUGUAUUUUUUAAAAAGACUGAUAAAAAUUAAAUUUUAAAAUAUCAAUAGACAUAACCAUAAUUUUAAUAGAAUUCAGAUACAUGUUAAAUGCUUCUUAAAUUAUUUACAUAAAUUCUUGAAUCUUAUUUAGAAUGUUGGAGAUGUUCAUUACAUUGGGAUCAUUUAUCAAGUGUAGGAUGUAUUGUUUAUGAAUAUGAGAAAUUUGAUUAAUUUAAUAAAAUAUUGAAAGAUUAAUUGUAAAGAUCAGAAUAAGAAUUUACUGAUGAAGAUUAAAUAAAAUAGUCAAUUUUAUAAUUAUUAAGACCUUGUUCAAUACAUUUUUCAUCAUAUUUAAUUUCAUCUAUUUUAGAAGUGUGGUAACGUUAUAUUAAUUUAAAUAAAAAUCAAUUAAAAAUUAAUAGAAAUAUGUGUAAAUUAAUUGAAUUAGCAAUAAAUUUAUAAAUAGUUCCAGAUGAAUUCAUGACAGCAUUUGUUCGUACUAAAUAAGUGCAAGCAAUAAUACAAUAUAAUUAAAAAAAUAAAAAUAAAAAAGGUUCAUACUCUUUUAAUUAUGAAUAAGCUAAAUUUGAAAAUGAUGUUCUAUUCUUCCUUUACACUUAUUUCUCUUCAGUUUAGUAUCAAAAUUUAAAGAAUAAAGAAUUAAUUAAAUUAUGGAAUGUAUUUUUAAGUUUUUCCAAAUGUCUUCUUUAAUCUCGUCAUAUCAAUACAAUUUGUUAUGUUUUAGAAAUUAUAUAUAUGAUGUCUUGGAAGUUUUCUCCAAAAGAUGUCUUAGAGGAUUUUAGAAAAGAAUUACAUACUCAAUUAAGAUAAAAUUUAGUAAUUUUAGCUGAAAUGGCAUCAUUCUAAUAAAAUUAUACAAUCAAUUCAGAUAAUAUUAAUGAUUUCUAAACAGAUCAAAAAUUUUAAAUGAUUGUUCCUUUUACUCCAACUAUUUUUGAAUUAUAUGAAGAUUAUUAAGAUAAAAUUUAAUAGGAUAGUGGAAAAUCAUAAGAUUUAUAAACAAAUUAUUUAAUUUAAAAUUUUCUAUUUGAUUCUGUUAAUAAAAAGGUUAUAAAUUUGACAGAGACUAUAUUUUCAAAUAAAUGUUCAAUAAUUGCUUUAAAGACUUUAAAGAGAUUAUCUUAAGUUACUUUAAUAAAUACAUAUGAAGUCUCUAGAAGUGAAAGAAUUAUUGAAAAUACAAAAGAAUUUAUGGUCCUUCUAUUCCCUUUAAUUGAAAAUAAAGAAAAUUAAAUUAUAGUUGAAGCUACAUCAGAACUUUUAUGUACAAUUUUAAAACACAAUAAAGAUAUUUUACCUUAAAUUUUUUUAAAUAAUAUAUUAGAUCUUUUUAAUAGACAAGACUUUUUUAAAUGUACAGGUAGAUGUCUUAAAUUUUGGACAGAAAUAAUUGAUAUAAUAUCAGAUAAGAAUGAUAUUCUAACUGAUUAAUUAGGAAAUAAUUCUAAAUUUUUUUAAGGAUUUGCAGGAUUAUUUAAAAGUAAAUCAGCAGAAAUGAUGAAAAAGACCAAAGGAUUUGAAAGAGUAUGUUUUAUAAUAUACUCUGGAGGUAUAGAUAAAUAUUAAUCUAAAUUAACAACUUUAUUGGAUGCAAUAUUGUCUGUUAUAAAAGAUAUUAAUUCUUAAGAUGCUGCAAUAUCAAUAUUAAUUAUAUUUUGCAUAAGAAUUUUAGUAUUAAGAUUAAGUUAAAGUUCUUUAACUUAAGUAUUUAGAUAGAUAUGGCCAUAUUUAGUGAGUAUGUUAAUGUAAAUAUUUGAUAGAAAAGGAAAAUAAGCUAAUCCUUUUUUAUUAAUAUCUGGUUUAAAAUUAAUUGAAUUAUUCUCAUUAUUUUAAUUAGAGGAGUUUUAUUUUUAUGAAUGGAUAUUUGUUUUUGAUUGUAUAAAUAACAUUUAAUUAUAUAGAUUUUGGAAUAACAAUCAAUCAUAAUCCUGUUUAAGAAUAGUAAUAAUAAAAAGUAAAGAUAGAAUCACCUUAUAAAUUUAUUCCUUAUAUGGCUUAUCAAUUUCCAAAAUCAUCAGAGUAUUCUGUUGAUUAUGAAUGUAAAUUAUAUUAGGAAUAAUAAUAAUCAAAUUUAUGUAAAAAAAAAAGAUUAAUAAAAAUUAAGGAUAUUUAAGAAGUUGAUGUAUAAUUUAAAUAUUGAUUUUUAGGAAUUUGAGCCAAAAUUAAGACAAUAAGCUUUAAAUUUAUGUUAACAUUUAAUAGAUAUUAAUCAAUAGAGAAUGAUAAUAUCUCCAUAAUCAUUGGAAUAAAUUAUUGAAGAAGAAUUUAUAAGUUUGGAUGACAAUAUAAGCAAAAUAUAAUGA